CUAUGCAAAACGUGUGCCUUUUUAUUUUCUGUUUGAAAAGGUAUAGCUGCAGGGCUUCUAGGUCUUCUAAAGUACUUGCUGUGUGAAGCACGCUCUCCACAGAUAUGCAAGUCUAAUAUGCAGGUUUUAUUUUAUUUAUUUUUUAUGGACCAAUUCAUGGAUCCGGGGAGAAAAGACGACCAGUAGUGUUAAUGCUCGGUGGACAUGUCAGUCCUGAACAAGGCUUUACUUAAACCCCCCAAAAAUGACGCUGUUAGCUAACGAUAUGCCAACACUUAGCCUUGAAUGUAUGGCUGGCUAAACAUUCUCUUGUGUUUUGGUAGUAAAAACAGGUUAUUUAAACAUCAGACCAUCUAAAGUGUUCCCAUACCAUGAAUCACUCAGAAUACAGCCCAAUGCACACCACUUUUUGCAGGCUAACUGGAAAGCAUUCUGGCAUCCAAUCCAUGCUAACGUCCAAGCUCACCGACAGACCUGAAAACCUCAACACGCUUAAUAACUUCAAAACAAAUACAGCGGGAUAUUUAUUUUAUUUAAACAGCGGUCUUUAUGCUGAUUUUGCUUGACUAAAUGCAACAAAAAAUAGACUUCAAGUGCAAAAAUCGCGUUGGAUCUGUUAGCUUUGAUUAAAAACCCAAAUGCAACAUGCCUACACUGCCUGGCUAUGGAUAUCAACAUAGGACUAGUCAGAUUCCAACUAUUUUAUUUUUUUUAACACAUUUAUCAUAUCCUUGUUAAUAUUUUUGAUGAUGAUUUUGCCGAGCCCUUCUGAAGCAGCUUGUUGGUUGCCAUGCUAAACUAUGCUGGUGGAAGCACUGGGCUCACAGUUGUGGGUUGAUCUGUUUUCCACUUUAUUGAGUAUUUUGUGGUAAGAAGGUUAUAAACUUUUGGUUUAUAUGGAGCCACGUGAAGUGAGUUAGAGUGAUGUCUGAGUGGGGCUCAUUCAGUUGCUCUCUCUUUUAAAAAUUAUAGGUCAUAUGCGUUGUGGUUUCAGACUGGACAGAUGGCUCGCUAUAACAGGAACCAGUAGGCCUUACCAAUAUGGUAUAUCAAAUGUCACACCGUACACUCCAUGUGUCUCUGCUGUGUGUUACUGCAGAUCUUCCCCCAUGAGCUCAUACUGUAUAUAGACUCUGUGAUCUGAACUGAAUCCUGACUGAUCAUGUUUACCUUUAUUCAUUUGAUUGUAAUAAUUUCCUGUGAGUAACCAGCAAACAAGCCAGUCAUUGCAGUUACACACUCAUCAGAUGAAUUCUCAGAAAAAUACAGCCUGAGGUUUUAAAGUAAAACAUUGCUGGUCUGAACACUUCAGUUUAGUCUAUAAUGCCCAAAUAUGGGCAAGCAAUUAUUUUCCAAAUAUGGAAUUAUGUAAUUGAUGACUGACAGAUCAACCCCCUCCAGCUCCAGCACCAAUCUUAACAAGAAUCUCUAACUAGAAUUGAACAGGACGAUUAAGACAGGAUGCAGAAAGUACUGGUCACCAGCCUCUCGGUCAACUUCCUCUCGGUCAACAACCGUACACAAAUCCACCACAGUGACUUUUGUAAACUGGUAUUUGACAGGGUUGAUUGUCAGCAACGUGCAACACAUUCUAAGUAGUCGCUGAUCUUUACCAGGUGUUACCGCACACGACCAUGAUCUAGAUACACAAUGCAACCACACACAACCGAGUGACCCUAAUAAAGGAAGGUUACACGUGGAUCGACACAACACAGACUUUCUUCUUUUUCUUUAAAGAUCAGAGACACAAGCAUAUUCUGCAGUACCCAUCUGAUUCACACUAUCUGUCAUUGGAACAAGUGGAGUAGGGAAAGCACUUGUUUGGCUUUAAGCUUGCAAUAAUCCUUAUCUGGUCUAUCUGUCAAAUCUGCUUUCUGAAACAAAGGGCGCAGCGAGGCGCAGCUGGAAAGGGAAGGUUCAGACUGAUGAGUUAGGUUGUCUUUCAAACAUCUGCAAAUUAUUAAACUUAACACUUGUUUAGUUGACUUAUUGAGCAUCAUCAAUCCUCACAAGAUAAACCCACAUUGGAUGAGGCUUCUUAAGCACAUCAGUCAAUUUCGCCUUCAAUGCCCUGUUAACAAACAUAAAAACACAUAACAAAACAUAAAAAAAGUGGCAUGACACACAUGAGAGUAGCAAUAGAUUACUUGAAUAACACCCUAUGUGUAUGAAUAAAUGUUGUACCUUCAGCAUCAGCAUCAUUCUAUUGCUUUAGGGCCUUGAAACCCUUGAUCAACCAUUCUAACAAAAGUUGUUGAAAACAGAGGACUGUAUUCUAUCUGAUGCAGUCUCUGCUGACCCUCAACGUCAAACCUGGUGAUUCAGCUCAGCAGCAGCAAGAGAACCAUCUUUAUGUGGUUUCAAAUUCUAACUUUAGUGUAACACCUCACCGUUUUAGCUGGGACAAUGGUUAGAGGUCUCUCAAUCAAAAUAAGACUGCGCUGCUGCACGUUGUUCUUUGUAAUUUAAGGUUCACUCGCAUUGUAAAAAUAAAUUGAGUUUCUAUUAUGGUUUGAAGAGAAAAAAACUGUCUAGCAUCCAUCACACGCACAUCACAUGCAUACAAUGUAUACGAAAAAACACAAGGCAAUAUAAAAAUACACUUAACAAUAACAGGAUGUAAAGGAUUAAAUGUAAAGGAUUAAAUUAAAUUCAAAUAUCAGACUGGAGUCAACUAAAAAAGAUGGAUUAAUAAGUAGAAUACAAUUGCUGUGUUGUGCCGGACUGCAAUAAGUCAUUUAAUUUGCCUGGAAGAAAUGAUUGGACGGGAUGCCUGUCUGUCUACCUACCAACCUGUUGCUAACUUAACAGCUGUGAACACUGUUUCUGGACACUAUGCAUGGUUUCAUGCUUCAUAGUUUCAUAGGUUCAUAGGUUUCAUGGGCCACUGUAUUGUUCCAGUCUUAAGGGAUGGAAAGUCCCCCAGCUUCUUUCUCAGGCCCUCUGUGUCCGAGGUGUGUGUGUGGUGGUGGUGGUGGUGUGGGUUGUAUCCGGCAGCCAAUCACUUACGAGCUCUGAGGAAACAGGAAGGAACAUGCUGCAGUCUGUUGACCAAUGAUAAUUCAGAGCUUCAGGAGGAGGCCCCUUCAGGAAACCACUGGCAGAGUAUCAGGGGUUCAGACCUCCAACAGACUUCCUUCAGACAUCAGACCAACACGACUCAUUGUUCCAACUUCCCGUCCGUCCGCUAAUUCAUUGUUCUCUUUCCAGUCACUCUGUUCACAUUUACUUCAAUCUUUUCUUGCAUUCAUCUGUAUUCUUGCUCGUCCUUCCACAUCUUUCCGGUCUAAUCCCUCUAAUCUUGACUCAGCAUCUCUAUCCACUCUGUCCGACCGUGCAUCUGUCCUCCGUCGCUCCGCACGUUUAAAAAGUAUGGUGGUGAACUGCACCGUGCUGCCCCUGUCAUGUCCGCCGACAUGUCCGCUCCAUCCGUGAGGAAGAAGAAGUCGUUUGCUCGGAGCUACAAGCCAAACGUCAGGAUGUGUAUUCGAGAACAGAGGGAUGUCAUAACCAUGUCGUCUCCAGAGAUGUGCUGGCCGGUGCCGAUGCCGGCCAUCGGGGCUCAGAACCUCCUCACCAUGCCAGGAGGCGUUUCCACUUCGGGAUACCUCCACAAGAAGGGAGGCAGCCAGUUCAGCCUCAUGAAAUGGCCACUGAGGUACAUCAUCAUCCACAAGGGCUGCGUGUACUACUUUAAGAGCAGUACCUCUCCUGCACCACAGGGGGCAUUCUCUCUAAAUGGCUACAACAGGGUGAUGAGAGCAGCAGAGGAGACGACGUCCAGCAACGUGUUUCCCUUUAAGAUCGUCCACUUCAGUAAGAAACACAGGACGUGGCUUUUAUCUGCAGCCAGCGAGGACGAGAGGAGGAAAUGGAUGCGAUACCUGCGGAGGGAGAUAGAUCACUAUAACGAGAGAAAAGAGUCCCACAUUCCGAGUGACUCAGAUUCAGAUGCCGAGAGUUUCUAUGGCACGGUUGAGAAGCCCAUGGAUAUCCAACACCACGUCGAUAACGCAGAAGAUGAAUAUGGAGAGGAUGACGACGAUGACGAUGAGGACGACUAUCUGGAGCCAGAUAGUGACUGUUCAUCGACGUCGACCUCUUCAGGUCGACCCGCGGGUCCGCCCCCCUCCUACCCUCCUCCCCCGGUGCCGGUGUCAUUCCAUCUCCGUCAAGACUCCAGUCCAGGUCUCCACAAAGGCCCGCCUCCUCCCCUCCCGCCGCUACACAGGAUCCCAACCAGCCCGCUGCCCAAAAAACCCCAGUUCUCUGUCCCCUCUCCCUCCAUACUGAAGGACCCUCCCAAAGGCACGCCUCCUCCUCUCCCUUUCGCCCCCCACCUGCACAAGUCCGUGUCUCCCACCCCUCCGCCACCUCCUCCCCCCAACGCAAAGAGAACUUUCAGGGCGACAUCCGUUGGGGGGCCUGGGAACGACAAGAGAGACUGGAGGCCUCUGCCGGCCAUGUCGAUCCAAUCCCCCACCACUCUGCCUUUCUGUGAACAAUUGGAGACCAGGAUGGUCUUAAAUGGCCCCGCCCACUGCUCCCUUAAUGCUAGCGGGAGCCAAUCAGCGGGUAACAACCACCACGGGGUGAUGAGCAACCACCGCAGCAAGCCGAGCCUACCUCCUCAGUAUAACAUCGGAGGGUCCUUCCUCAGACCUGUGAUGUCAGACUCCCUCUUCCUCAGCAAGACGUCCUCCGGUCACCCACCACUGCCGGGCCCCCCUCCACUCUCUCCUCUACUUAAACCUGGACUUCACAACAAGCCAGGGAUACCCAAACCUCCUCCGCCAACAGUCAAACCCCCACUGCCUGCAGUCAAGUCCAAGCCACCAGGAACCCCGCUGCAAAGAGCAUCUCCGGACGGCCAGAGCUUCCGUUCGUCGGGAGACGAGACGCCCACUGAAUUCAGGAGGAAACGAGACUCUGAGAAGUCUGAUGACGACUACGAGAACAUGCAGCUGCCAGACUCUGUGUUCAUUGAUACGACUGAAACCAGCUUUAUAGAAAAGUUGUUCAGAGAGAGCGCCCUCUCUCCACAGGACGGAAUGUACUGCAUCCGAAACUCAGGAACUAAAAUAUCAAAGGUGCUGGUGGUGUGGGAUGUCAGUAUAGACAAAGCCAGGAACUAUCGAGUGUUUGAAGAGGAGGACCGUACGUUUCUGGACAACGAAGUCACCUUCCUCACUCUGUCGGCUAUGAUCGAACACUACCACAGCCACCCUCUUCCUCACCACGGCUCGCUCUGCCUGCAGAAGCCCUACGAGAAGACGGCGAGCCUCUGAUCAACGCCGUCAAACCAAAAGGGGAGCGGCGAGUCCGGCCCUUCUCUGCAAGUGAAAUCCAUCUCCGUCGACCAGCGGGAGCGUGGAGAUGAAGUCGCUCACACAGAUGAAAUAACUGUCACAUUGUAUCAGAACAGAUCGUGCCUCCCACUGUUUAGUGGAAAAGACCUGCUGUUGCACCAGAGUAUAAAGCUUCAUGUUAAACAGCAGCCAUCGUAACCUAUCUAGAGUUCUGAGUAUUGAGGUAAUUAUUAGAAGAAGAAGAAACUUUCACAAUCAACAGCUAAAGGAACAUUAUUUACCUUACUUUAACGCUCACAAUACUCUUAUCUUAACACAGCGACAUAAUCCUCAUGACAAAGAUAAACUUGUGCCAGAUUUCUUUUGGACUCGCGAUGCCCCAGGAUAAGCAGGUUGGUUGGUUGUUUUGCUCCGGACGCCUGCUCUGUUUCUGAGACAUUCAUGCUGCUUCAUGCAAAGUGUCAUCGGGAAAAUGUGUAAUGUGAUGAAUGCUUUAUUUUGUCCUCAAGGGGGCGGUGUGACACCAUAUGGCACACAAAAAGUGGAAAAAAAGUCCAUCCAGCUUCAUGUGGGAUGUGGUUUUACCUAUGGUUGCUUUGGGUUGUGCACACACUUCAAGUCCCUGUUUGUGUGACGUAUUGUCAACUGCCAAAAGCCUGUUGAUGUGACACAGCGAGGCCAUCACGCCACUCGUGAUGAAUCAUUUCAUUUUUACAAAAAGGACAAUUUAGGUAGAAUCAACCAAUCAGCAUUACUGUUACAUUCAGAUUACACAGAUUAACAAACUAAUAUGUUGAAUUAUCUCUCUAUAUAUAUACACAUAGAUGAUAUAUAUAUUAAUCCAGAAAAAAUAUUAUCAUAUUAUCAUCUAUCCAAAAAGAAUAAUGUUAGGAAAUAGUAAUAUAUAUUACUCAAUGAAAAAAAAGACAUACAAUUGUAAAAACUUACAAUUAGAUCCAUUUAGAUGUUUGGAAAAGAAGGUAAAAGUGUCAAUCAUACUUUUUUUUAUCAACAAGAACUGAUUUGUGAGGUCACAGUGACCUUUGAACUUUGACCACCGAAUUUGAAUCAGUCAACCUAAUUAAUUUCAAUAAUGAAGUUGAUGUCCCCUCCCCUUCUGGAUGUUGUCACAUGCCCAGUCCCAAAUGUAUCUAAGCGAAUGGGUGGCGGGGUUCUUUUGAUCGUUAGUACGUAUGUGCUCUGAGACACGGGUCUGUUUUCAUAUGAAAGCCAAGCACGUGGGCAUUUGCUCAUACAGAUGGCUCCAUUUGUGUUAGAAGUAAUGAUAUCAUUAAUAUCAUGUUUUUACAGGAACCCGGAUGAGUAAAUGAACGGCAUUUAAAAGUGACGCUCCAUUGUGAGCACUGCGCACACUUUCAUUUCCCAUCUGGAAUGGCCGACAAGAAAGGAGUGGAUUGUUCUGUAGGGAGGUCAUCUCUGUCUAUGAGAUCGUGAAUGUUUUGACCUGACUGUACAUAAUGCGUGGGGAAUAUUUUAUAAACAGAAUUUAAAGAUUUGGAUCAGAAUUCCCAAAAUGCCAGUGUUGUCACCCAAUCUCUUUUAACUCUUUUCCCAAAUGAGAGUAGUUUAGAGGAUGCUUACAUUAUCUGAAUCAUUUCUUCAGGCAAGAAUAAUGCUCCAUGAAUCCAACAUGUCGUGAAGAACUUCUUUUGAUAGUUUUAGAUCUGUCGAUAAUAAACACAAUCUUGUGGGUGCUACUGCCAACAUGUGGACCGGUGUUUGACGGCAACAUAUUUAUAUAUUUCACAAAUCUAAAACAAGCCUGUCGUCCUGACUUCACUUGUCUCUGUGUAAUCAACACAUAUUUAUUUACUGUGCAGAACACAUACACCAAGUCCAAAAACUGUAAUUGAGAUUUUAGCAUCCCAGGGGCAUGUAACGCUUCAAUAUGUUGUACUUUUUCUUGCAAGUCCUUGGAGGGUAGAAGACAUGUUAUUAAUGGUGCAAAAUUGUCGGAUUGAUUAUGAAGACAUUUUAUUUUGAUUCCUUCUCAACUGCUAACAUAUUGACAUUCUGCAAGUACAGUUUGCACAGCACUGCCUUUAAUGCUGUAAAUCACUAUAUUUAUAUGUAAAUGUUGUAAGUACUGUAAAAAAAACAUGUAUAAAUGUAAAUAUAUAGUUUUCUACAGAAAUAUAUGAGAGUGUAUAAAGGAUUACUCAGAG